AGAGGAGACUUCGUGCUAAAGUUUUUCGCUUCGACUCGGUAUUUUGUUCUGUCACUGAGGUGUUUUCGCUUUCCUUGUACAAAACUAAUUUGUAGACGCUCCCUGACUGGGGCCAUUAGGGAGCGUUGAUCCGCUAGCGUUUUACGCGAAACUGUGCCAAACAACUGAUCUACAAAUAAACGUUUUGUUGUUUUAACCUAAAAUAUGAAUGACAAAUCAAUGCCCGUGUUAAAGUUGAACUCCCGUUCACUGCGAAUACACGUACAUGUCGUGCCAAAUACGUAAAAAAAAAAAAUUGCCAAUGCCCUCACUGUCAGAGCGCGCUGACACCAAACAGCCACAAUAAUACUUGAGGAAAUUGAGGGUAAUAAAUAGUUGGUCAGCAGAUGAACUUCCUCAUUUCAGUCAGCCGAUAUUCAGUAACGGCAGCGGCCUGUAGCAAGUCAAAAUGCCGUCGUCGCUGAAGGACUCGCUUGAAUCAGGACUGGACUUCAUUGAAUUCCUGGGAGAUAGAGUGUCUACCACGAGCAAAAAGGAACUUCGAGACAUCUACAACUCUGAAUUUAAGGGCAGAGAAGGAAUAAAAGACGCCACAUUUCACAGUGUUUUACAUGCUCUUCAGAGAUUCAACAAAGUCCACGUAAGACAAGGGAAAAUCUUCAUAAAUGCUAGACCACAGGUUAGAGUGUACUGUGACCAGUGGAGGAGGCCCCGGGCCCCUCAGCCGCACACUCCCAGCUCUGGCCCUCAGGAGACAGCUGAGACACCUGCCCCCUCCACCCCUGUGAUACCUGUGCUGACCCCCAAGAAGAAGCUGGCCACAGAAAUCCUUCACAAGUUAAAGGUGGACAGGAAGAAGCUGACAGCUGAUAAGGGCGGCAUUGAGAUCACUUCAGACCCAUCGGCGAGCGGAGGAAAGGUUCAGUUCACUGUGGACCGUCUGAGGGAGUUGUUCGUCAUCAGGUUCCACAUUGUAAACAAGGGCAAAAACUGCAUCUACUUCACCUACUACACCGCCCUGCACAGGAUACGCUGUUUCACUCUGGAGGAUGAGAGGAGGGUGACCAGAGCCUGUCCCCUGUUCCUCUGUCCUGGGGAAAGCUAUGAAGUCAUGGUUCGGUACACACUGAGUCAUUUUGGAUAUUUCCCUGCCACGAUGUACUUUGAGUUCUGCCCAGAUCUUCCCUGGUCUGCGCCUUUCUGCAUCGUGAGAGAGAUGGAAGCUUUUGCCAGGACCCCACUGGCUGUGGAGCUGGGGCCCGUGGCUCCUUACAAACCAUUUCAGGUGGUCACAUACAAGCCAGUGGAAACAGUGAUAGUGGAGGGAGUGCCUCCCGAAAAUUCUGUUGUGCAUCAUCUAAGGACAGCAGUGAAAUUAGGAGACUACAGGUACCCUCAUUACCUAAAGGAACUGGCUAAACAAAGGAUGGAGGACUCUGGGUACCUCUCUCCAAAUGCCAAGCAGAAACUUCCAUCAGUGAAGAGCCUCCUCAACUGUUCCCUGAAGAUUAAGAACUACUCUCAUCGAUUUCACCUCCUGCUGCACCUGGAGGAGAUACAGAUGGAGGUGGACAUCAGGAAGUAUGACCUCCACAAUCAAACCAUGAAUCUGAACCAAAGCAACAGAAAACUGCUCACUCUCAGAGUUCCUGGUGUUGCUGAGAAUCGGCCAUCUGUACUUCGAGGAGACUGUCUGAGGGUGUCCAAAUCUGAGGACACAGUCCAGCCGAUCACUGUGUACACCGGAUAUGUUCACAGGGUGGAGCUGGAUAGUGUGAAGCUGGGCUUCUCGAAGAGGUUGUUGCAGGCAUUUAUCAGCAAUAUGAAGUUUAAUGUGGAGUUUACUAUCAACCGGUUCCCCUUGAAGCUGCAGCAUCGGGCAGUGGACUUGGCAACAAAACAUCAGCUCGAAGAGGUGCUGUUCCCAUCUGGUGCAGCAGUGACUAAUCUUUCCAUGCCUAAACUCAGGAUGUUUAACCGUCAGCUGGAAAACAACCCAGAGCAACAUGCUGCGGUCCAGCGCAUUGUCGCCGGGUCAUCUAAACCAGCUCCCCAUCUUGUGUUUGGGCCUCCUGGAACUGGAAAGACGAUCACACUGGUUGAAGCUAUGAAACAGGUCAGCGGGGCAGAUCCAUCAGCCCACAUCCUCGCCUGUGCCCCUUCAAACAGUGCGUGUGACUUGCUCUGCGAAAGACUGAUGGUACACAUGGAUCCUCAUCAGGUUUACCGCGUGUACGCCAGCAGCCGAGACCCCAACAGCGUCCCGAAGAACCUGCUGAAAUAUUGUAACUGGGAUGAGAUACAAGAUUGCUUUGUAUAUCCAGAGAAAGAAAUUCUGAUGAAAUACGCAAUCAUAGUUACAACUAUGAUCACAGCUGGAAGACUUGUGUCUGGAGGAAUCCCAGUUGGUCAUUUUACUCAUGUGUUUGUGGAUGAAGGAGGCCAGGCAGUGGAGCCAGAGUGCGUCAUUGCUAUUGCAGGUCUGCUCAACCCAGAGCAGGGUCAGUUCGUGCUGGCAGGAGAUCCCAAGCAGCUGGGACCGAUCAUUCGAUCUCCCUUCGCGUUGCAGCACGGACUCGGGCUUUCUCUGCUGGAGAGGCUGAUGACACGAAACAAUUUGUAUCAGAAAAGUACAGAGUCCGGACACUUUGACACUCGCUUUGUCACCAAACUGCUGCGAAACUACAGGUCUCAUCCUGCCAUUCUGAAAAUCCCCAACCAGCUUUUCUAUGAGAACGAACUGCAGGUGUUUGCUGACCAGGUUGACCGUGAGGCGUUCUGCAACUGGGAAUACCUCCCCAAAAAGGGUUUCCCAGUGAUCUUCCACGGGGUGAUUGGGAAAGACGAGAGAGAGGCCAACAGUCCGUCUUUCUUCAACGUGUCUGAGAUUGAAGUUCUGGUCGACUACCUCACCAAGCUGAUGGAAACCCAAGGAAAGAAAGGCCUCCCUAAACUCUCUGCAAAAGACAUCGGAAUAAUCGCCCCCUACAGGAAACAAGUUGAGAAAAUCCAAAAAGCCCUGAAGUCUGUCUCAGCGCUGAGUCAAUGGAGUGAUCUGAAAGAGCUCAAGGUGGGGUCUGUGGAGGAGUUUCAGGGACAAGAGAGGAAGAUCAUUAUGAUUUCCACUGUCCGCAGCAGCGUCAACUAUGUCAGGAUGGACAAAGACUUCAACAUUGGAUUCUUGUCAAAUGAAAAGAGGUUCAAUGUGGCCGUGACAAGAGCCAGGUCUCUGUUGGUCGUUGUGGGAAACCCGGUGAUCCUCAACAAGGACUCCACCUGGGAGAAGUUCAUCAGCUACUGUGUGGAAAGGAAGGGUUACACAGGAUUUGACUUAAAAGACACAGAAGAGGAAGACGAUUUUGUGUCGAGACUGGCAACCCUGAAAAUCAGCGUGGACUCUGAAAGUCCUGUAGCAGAGGAGAGUCCCCUCCAGCAGCAUGUGGACCCAGAGUGGAAAAAUGAGCACUAAAAUCCCCUUAAACAACCAACACAAAACUAUUAGCAGUGAAAUCACUCGAAAGACUAUUAGAUAUAAGUACAUGAAGUAUUUCAUGUUUCCUCUCUUUGAGCGCUUGUUUAAGAUUAUCCUUUUUAUGAACUAUUCUAAGAGCAAUUUGCAUAUUUUUGGUGCGGUAAACACUGCUCUGUUUUUGAUGACAAUGCCAAAGUGAACCAGUGAAUCUUUGGUUGUCUUGACUUUUCACUUUCUCUCUUCAGUGUCUUUAAAUAAAGCUGCAGCUUACAGCAGGUUGGAUUAGCCUGAA